AUGGACUUGAAAACACUACAACAAAUCUAUCUCGACAGACUUGCACCGAGGCCGGACGUGAGAUGGGGGAUUACAGGAGUGCUCUUUCUUUUCUACUGCAUCCGAAUAUGGAGCACUGGGGCAUUCUACUUGAUUACAUACUGCUUGGGGAUAUACCUCCUGCAUGCACUGAUCCUCUUCCUCACUCCAAAAGGAGAAAUGAUCCCCGAUCCAUUUGAGAACAUUGAAGACGACGACUACAUCCCAGAGACCAUAGACAACGAGUUCAAGCCCUUCAUCCGGAACCUGCCCGAGUUUGACUUCUGGAUGUUUGUCACGAAGAUUGUUGGGAUGGCGCUCAUAGGAACAUACUUCGGGAUACUGGAUGUCCCUGUGUAUACUCCCAUUCUCGUGGUUUAUUUUAUUUUUAUGGUUGGAUACACUGCAAAGCGCCUGAUUGCACACAUGAAGAAGUACAACUACAACCCGUUCCUCCAGAGCAAGGAAUACUACAAGAAAUAA